CCGCGAACAGCGCAAUCUGCAGAUGGACGUUCUUCCGAAGAUGAUGAGCGCCCAGAGGCGUUCAAGCGGAAGAGGGAUGCUUCAGAUGAUGGCACUCAGGCAGCGAAGAGAGUGCCGGAGCCGCUUGGUGGGUUUGCGCCAUGGUCGAAGCCGGCAGACAUCCGCAGCAACGCCGACUUGACAAUACCGGAGCAUCACCAUGACCAGCUCAUGGCGGAUGAUGUGACCUAGCCAUCCCGAACGACCAGAGCGCUUUGCGGCCGAUGGACGUGGUCUACGGCCGGGAUGAGAAGGAAGUCAUAGAAACCACCGAGGAGCUCGAUGAUGGCAUAGUGCCUGUAGUUGAUAUCGCGCACACCUAUUGCGUCUGUGCGGCACCCGCAGAUGGUUACAUGGUCGAGUGCAUCAAGUGCACGAAGAACUUCCAUCCACACUGCGUUGGCAAGGGUCAGUCUUCGUACUACGAGUAUCAGCGCGAUGACUUGCGCGACCUUCGUCGCCAAGACGAUGCGGCCCACUGGAAUGCCGAAGGCACGUUUACCUGCGCGCGAUGUGAUGAGGCAGCCAGGUCAGCUGCUCGUUCCAUCGCAGAGGAUGAGCGCCGUACUGCGACGCCGCUUAAGUUGUCGCUGCAAAUGGAGAGCAAGGCGCAUGCCGUGCAGAGGAAGCGGCAGCUUGAGCGUUGGCAGGCAAAGGCAGGGGUAGAGAUGCGGAAGACAUUGAAGAAUGCGGAUGGAGAUGAAGCACGCCAGGACGGUAUUCGAGACGAGUACAAACUCAACAUCGUGAUGAGUGGACUCAUGAACGAUGAGGAGGAGGGGAGAAAGAAGCUCAAAGCUCCGCCGACUUUGCGUUCUUCCUCGAUGAGAACGAUCGCAGAGAAGCCGGCCUUCGGUUUGCAAAAGACUGCGGAGAAAAAAUCCCGGGUCGGAAAGCAUGUUACAACUAGAAACACAACACCAAAGAGUAGUGUCCACAGCAGCGCUACUAGAACGCCUAACAAGACGGCGACGCCGGAUUCUGCAACGGGAACACUGGCCUCGGCACAGCAAGUAGUGCUCAACGAACCACGACCCAACGCAACAACGUUGAAACCGCAGCAAAGCACGCGAGGUUUCACGCCUUGGGACAAGGCUGAUUGGAGGGCAAUGUUGGCGGAGGAGAAGAGGGAAGACACGUUGAUGGACGAUCGAGAAGAACAUUCGGAGGUGUGAGGUCAUGGCAGUGGCUUGGUUUCGGCUUGUGAUGGGUAGAUAGCCAUCGCGGUUACGCAUCGCUUAGCCGCGCUGAUUGUGAUGUUCAAGUAACUGAACCCGUUCGACACCCAGCUUGCUUGUGCUACGUUUCUCCUUAUUCAGUGCCAUUUGAGCGUCCACCAACAUGGCUGGUGCUAUUGGGCCGUAGCGUCUGAUGCUAUCUUUACUCUCUAAGAGUGAGACCUGAAUCGUAGGCGCAUCUAGCGUUCCUAUGCGCUCUGAACAUACUAUCACCGCCAGGUCAGCGUAAACGGCCGAGUCCAGGAUCUGGCCGAGCCU